AUGCUCGUCACCUGGCUAGGAAUUAUCAAUGUCAGCAGUAUAUGUGGUGUCAUCGAUGUCAGCAGCGUCAGCAGCAUUGGUGGUGUCAGCAGAGUCCGUGGUAUCAAUGGUUUCAGUAGUGUCGGCGGUGUUGCCAAGCACAUUGUCAAAUUCAACUCUCUGGUUACCACAAUCGACGCUCUGAUAAAAGAUGUGGAGGCCAACGCUGAGCGACACCAGUUUAUUACCAAAGUGGGAGAGCUUACCGACAAGCUUGACGACCCAGCUAGUAGGCACACGGAGAUGGUUCCAAAUGGAUUAACGGCGUUUGAAGUUGCUAAUCUCAGGUGCGCGGGUGACUUCGACUCUACGUCAUUUGUGAUCACAUGGGGGUUUAUGCAGAUGAAUGAGAACUACGACAUCAAAAGACUCUACAUACUGUUGCGCCUAUCGGCCCAUGAAAAUGCACUGAGGCAGUUUGAGGGCUUGGUUGGAAAGUCAUUCAGUAAUAACGAGGUCAUUACUGAUGACGAGUGGAAGGUACAAGUGUUUUGGCGCAAUAUCCCUAAUUCCAACAAGGUCAGCCAGCCGACCAGUGGUGUAAUUUGCGUGAAGCAGAUCAAUGUCGAGCAGGCCAACAGCAGACUUGUUUAUAAUUUAGUUGGAUCCGCUAGUAACAACCCCAAUGAUGACAGGUCUGACAGCGAUAGGCCCGAUAAUGAUGCAUCUGAUGACGAUGGGUUUGCCAUUGCUGAUGUGAAGGCUAUUGGUGAAUGCGCUUCUGAUACUUGCACUGCACCCACUACAACAUUGUCUGCCUUUUGUCAUAUUAGUUGGUCCUCUGUGGCAAACAAGGCCAAUAAGCUUUACCAGAACCUGCUGUCUAAGCACACAAAAACCGCCGACACAGAUCACCUUCAGCAAGUGUAUAUGGUCACUAUUAGGGAUGCAGUUAAUUGA